AUGGCACAACUGUGCCGCAUGGACUCCGCGCUGAGCACCCUAGACGAGGAGACGCUCUGGGACACGCUAGAGAGCCACCGCUGCAAGAUCGUCCAGAGCAUCUGCCCCAGCCGCCUCACCCCGUACCUGCGCCAGGCCAAGGUGCUGGGCCAGCUGGAUGAGGAGGAGGUCCUGCACAGCGCCCGCUUCACCAACAGUGCCAUGAGAGUUGGGCACUUGCUGGAUCUGCUGAAGGCACGAGGGAAGAAUGGGGCUGUCGCCUUUCUUGAAAGCCUGAAGUUCCACAACCCUGAUGUCUACACCCUGGUCACCGGGCUGCAGCCUGACAUAGACUUCAGCAACUUCAGUGGUCUCAUGGAGACGUCCAAGCUGACUGAGUGCCUGGCUGGGGCCAUCAGCAGCCUGCAGGAAGAGCUGGCCCAGGAGAAGGCACAAAAGGAGGUACUGCUUCGGAGAUGCCAGCAGCUGAAGGAGCGCCUGGGCUCGGCUGAGGCCCGAGCAGAGGGCCUGCGCCAGCUGGAGGUGGACCACAGCCGCAUGAAGCAUGAGGUCAGUGUCCAUUUCCACGAGGUCCUGAAGCUGAAGGAUGAGAUGCUGAGCCUAUCCAUGCACUAUGGCAACGCUCUCCGGGAGAAGGAGCUGGCUGCCACACGCUGCCACAGCCUGCAGGAGGAGCUCUACCUGGUGAAGCAGGAGCUGCAGCGGGCCAGCCUUGUGUCUUCAUGUGAGCGGGAAUCUCGAGAGAGGUCCCUGAGGAUGGCCAGUGACCUGGAGUGUGAGGGAGAGGAACUGAACCGUCUGAAGGAGGAGAAUGAGAAACUCCGCUCUAUGACCUUCAGCCUGGUGGAGAAGGACAUUCUGGAGCAGAGCCUGGAUGAGGCCCGGGAGAGCAAGCAAGAGCUGGUGGACCGAAUCCACUCACUGCGGGAGCGAGCGGUGGCUGCAGAGAGGCAGCAGAAGCAGUACUGGGAGGAGAAAGAACAGACCCUACUCCAGUUCCGGAAGACCCAGGUGGACUGUGAGCUGUACCGAGAAAAGAUAACCACACUACAGGGCCAGGUGGCCGAGCUGCAGAAGGAACGUGACCAGGCAUACACAGCAAGGGACAGGGCCCAGAUGGAGAUUUCUCAGCGCCUGGUGGAGAAGGAUGCCCUGCGCAGGAGAGUGUUUGAGCUGACAGAGCAGGUCUGCGAGCUGCGCACUCAGCUUCGAAGGCUGCAGGCAGAGCCCUCAGGAGGAGUUUCCUUCCUGUGUGACCCCAGCAGUGUCCACCAUGGCUCCCCAUCUGCAGAGCAGCAGAGGUCCCGGCUGUGGUGGGACCUGACUUCCACAUCCUGCCGUGAGCAGAUGGACAGCUUCCGAUCGAGCAGCCCCAUGCCUCCCAGCCAGCAGUCCCUGUACAAGCGGGUGGCAGAGGACUUCCUGGAAGACCCUGAGUCUCUCAGCUUCCCAGAGGUUCUGGAGGUGCGCCUUCCAGGGGCCACAGGGGAUGAUACAGACACAGACCUGGAGUACGAGAUACUAGACGGAGCAGACCUCUCCCAGUCAGAGGACAGCCUGCAGGAGUUUUCACGGAGCCCAAAUGUCUCAGAAAGCAGUGCCCCUGUGAGGCGGAGGCCAGCGCGAAAGAUCCUGAGUCAGGUCACAGUGCUGGCAUUCCAAGGGGACGCUUUGCUGGAGCAGAUAGGUGUCAUUGGCGGGAACCUCACUGGCAUCUUCAUUCACCGUGUCACCCCGGGCUCUGCAGCCGAUGAGAUGGCCUUGCGUCCCGGCACCCAGAUCAUGAUGGUGGAUUAUAAGCCGACACAGCCAUCGUUAAGGGCCACUCUGGAGAACACGACGCUGGAGCAGGCUGUGUGUCUUCUCAGGAGGGUGAAUGGCUCCUGCUACCUGUCUGUGAAGGUCAACACCGAAGGUUAUAAGAACCUAAUCCAGGACCUAGAUGCCAAAGUGGUGACCUCUGGGGAUUCCUUCUACAUCCGGGUCAACCUGGCCAUUCAGAGAAAGGGAGUGGGAGAGCUGCAUGCACACUGCAACGAUAUCCUCCAUGUCACUGACACCAUGUUCCAAGGCCGGAGCUGCUGGCACGCCCAUCACGUGAACCCCUACACCCUGAAAGACAUGGAGCCCGGCACCAUCCCCAACUACUCAAAGGCUCAGCAGCAGCUCCUGGCCCUCAUCCAGGACAUGACUCAACAGUGCACGGUUCCCCGCAAGCCUUCUGGAGGGCCACAGAAGUUAGUGCGAAUUGUCAGUGUGGACAAAGCCAGCCGCAGUCCUCUGUCUUCGUCUUUAGACCAAGGCCAGCUGGCUUCUGGCAGGGAGGAAGGUGGCUCCAGCGCGUGCUUCUGGGCAGAGAGCUUCUUCACUCUGGCCCCGUACACCCUGGUGCACCCCCACAGGCCUGCCCGGCCCCGGCCUGUGCUUUUCGUGCCCAGAGCAGUCGGGAAGAUUCUGAAUAAAAAACUCUGCCUCCUCCAAGGCUUUAAGCAGUGUCCAGCAGAGUACCUGAGCCAAGAGGAGUAUAUCACCUGGAACCAGAGAGGGGAUAUCAUCCAGGAGGGAGAGUCAAUGGGUGACCACCACUGGGUCACUCGGCACGCUGUGGAGUCCCUCAUGAACACGAGCACCCACGCCCUGCUGGACGUCCGGCUGGACAGUGUCCGCGCCCUGCACAGAAUGGACAUUUUCCCUAUCAUCAUCCACGUUUCCGUCAAUGAGAAGAUGGCAAAGAAACUCAGGAAGGGCCUGCAGCGGCUCGGCACAUCGGAGGAGCAGUUCCUUGAGGCGGCCCGGCAGGAGGAGGGGGAACUGGACAGAGUGCCCUGUCUGUACAGCAGCCUAGCCUCUGACAGCUGGAGUGACCCGGACAGUCUGCUCAGCUGCGUGCGCCUGGCCAUUGCAGAUGAGCAGAAGAAAGUGGUAUGGACAGAAGAGAGCCCCUGCUGAGGCCCAGACCUGGCUGGGGACUGUGACCUCCACUCUGCUGUCAGUGUUGUCAGCAAACAAGCCUGCUUCCUUCCCUGGCCUGGGUUUGACCGGCAUGUGCUCACAGCAGUCAAGGUGUAAAUGACAACACCACAAUCACACAGUAUGGCCUGGACUGAUGGAGGAUUGGAGGACAUUCUGCCAGGUGGGGGUUCUUCUGAGACCUGCUGGGGCCGGUGCCCCAACCUCCUAUGAAUGGCUUCCUGGGGACUAUCCCUCCUUUUACAUUUCCGAAGUCAAAGCAGUGAGCUUCUGGCAAGCUCACUGGAGCAGUCAUCCCCAUGCAGGGCAAGGGCACAGACUCUGGGCACUGAGGGCAUGGCUCUAACUGAGCCAUGUCACAACUGCUAACAGCCAAGUGCUGCCACCAACACCUGCAAACACAGACUUGAGUGGCUGACUCACGGCCCAGUGCCCAGCCCCAAAUACCAGGUUGCUUUGGUGCAUGUCCUGGGCAGAGCCAAUGGACUCUUCCUGAUGGAAGAACUGACUCUCAAACUGACAUUGCCCUCUGCUCCUUCUUGGGGUGGGUGACACCCCGAUGGAUGAGCUGCCCCCUCACUAUAAAUCAGUUAUUUGGGCGGGGUAUUUGACUGUCAAUGACUAAAAUCUAGUAUGCUA